CUUGUGUGGGUCAUCUAGAGGAGUAGGAAGGGCAUAGCUAUCACCUUCCUCAGCUCAAUGGGCUCUGGUUCAUGUGCCGUACUGUGGCAGGCAGUCCACGCCGAGCACUUAGGUGAGCCAUUUGUGGCGGGGUUACCGACCUCGUUAGUCUAUGUGCCCCAUUCCAGGACACGAUUCUAUGUUAUAUCUGUGCUCUCAGGAGCUAUCUGCAACCCAGGCAUCACAGCGAAGUGCCUUCAUUAUCGCCUUCCCUCAACCAAAAACAUGGCUUCAAAUGGCAAACAGUUCAGCUUACAAACCCUGGAUCCAACUGGGCUUGCCAGCUCAAAGCCACUCUUCUCUCAUGUCACAACCGCCAGCGGUGACAUGAAAGUUGUCUUUAUUGCCGGGCAGGUCGGCAUGGAUGAGAAUGGAAAUGUCGCAAAGGCAUAUGAAGAUCAGGUCCGACAGACGGUCAAGAACAUCGGGACGUGUCUUGCGGCAGCCGGCGCCAAGGUAACGGACAUUGUCAAGGUCAACUACUAUAUCGUCAACUAUGAUCCCAACAACCGUCCUCACGUCCCAAUUGUGCUGGAUUUUUAUGCUGGCCAUCGCCCAUCUACGAUGCUAGUCCCGGUCCCAUGUCUUGCUAAGCCCGAACUACUUUUCGAAAUGGAUGUCACUGCUGUGAUCCCUCGGGACCGCGGUAUUGAACCCAUACCGCAACCAAUCCCGGUUACGGAGACAAGAGUCGACGUUGUUGUGGUUGGCGGCGGACUCAGUGGACUUCAGGCGGGUCUGGACUGCCAGAAUGCAGGUCUCUCCACCAUUGUUCUUGAAGCCCGCAAUCGAGUAGGCGGCAAGACAUGGAGUGUUCCCGGGGCUCAGGGAAAAGGCAUGAUAGAGCUUGGCGGGGCAUGGAUCAACGACACUAACCAGUCACACAUGUAUGAACUGGCGAAGAAACUGAAAUUGGACCUAAUCCAGCAGCUCACCGCGGGGGACUGCGUUAUGCACGAUUUGGACGGGUCCAUCUCCAAAUUUGAAUACGGUGGUGUUCCGGCGCACGAGCAGUCCGAAGCCAACAACAUGAUCGAAAUUAGGGCGUUGCUUGAGAAGUGGUGCCACGAGGUUGACCUGCUAAAUCCUCAAAAUAGGGAAUGGGACUCCCUUACUCUGGAGGAUUUCAUCAAGAAGAUAGGUGGAGGUCCCACUACCCAAGCCACGGCGAGACUGUGGACUAGGGGGUUGCUAGGAGUUGAGCCUCGCGAAAUGAGUGCUCUUUACUUCCUGGACUAUGUCAAGAGUGGAGGAGGUCUCAUGUUGACAAGGUCCGACAUGAAGCACGGCGGGCAAUUUCUGCGCAUUCGUCAGGGCGCCCAAUCCUUUUCCAAAGGCCUUGCAGCGAUGAUGAAAGCUGGCAGUGUCCAACUUGACUCACCUGUUCGAAAAAUCGAGCAAGAUAAAGCUCACGACGAGGUCUGCGUGACAACAGAGAGCGGCUAUCGCAUCCGCUCCAAACGAGUGGUCAUAUCAGUGCCAACUCCAUUAUACAAAGAGAUCACAUUUUCUCCGCCCUUGCCUGCUGCAAAGCAUAAGCUAGCAUCGAGUACAGCGCUCGGGUGGGUGGCCAAGUCCAUCGUUUGUUACGACAAGCCUUGGUGGAGAGCGGCGGGCUAUUCUGGGUUGGUACAAUCCUUCAACGGACCCAUCACAAUCGUACGAGACACAAGUUCCGACAUGGAUGGGCACUAUUCCCUCACAUGUUUUAGUCAGGGAGAUACCGGUAGGGCUUGGGGUAAGCUGUCCGAUCAGGAGCGCCGCGAGCAGGUCAUCGCACAUAUAGGGCGUGCGUUUGCCAACCAUAGCGCUGCAGCGGCGCAUAUUGGUAUGUUUGAGCAGCGAUGGGCGCUAGAGCAAUGGAGCCAGGGAUGCCCCAGCCCUGUGAUGGGCCCUGGGCUUCUUGGUGAACUGGGACAUGCUUUACGAGCUCCUUUCCAAAAUCUUCACUUUGUUGGUACUGAAACUGCUUAUGAGUGGAAAGGGUAUAUGGAGGGCGCUGUCCGUUCUGGCAAAAGAGGAGCGAAGGAGGUUAUUACCGCUCUCCUAGGUGAAGGACAAAAGAGCAUAAAUAAAGCCAAGAUGUAA